AUGAUUGGUUUUGCGUAUCCCGGUGCCUGGAGUCUGUGUCCCUCGGUUGCCGUGGCAGCGAGAUCAAGCUCCAGGGUCGAUGCUAAGGGCACCGGCAGGCGACGCCGUGGCGCGACGGCACCGCUGAUAACGCUCCAGGAGUCGUCUUCGAUACCGUCCAGCGAUUCAGGCGAGUCGCAUGCGGAUAUUCCCAGCGUGCUUCCUAUGCGGCCGCGGAAGACACAGGAGCAGCUUAAGGCUGAGCUGAGGGCAAUCAGCGAACGAAGGGAGCGGAUGCGCAAGCAGGCGAUGAAAGCACUGGACGAUUUGCGCUCACAGCUCGACGAGCUGCUGCAAGAGGUGCGGGCAAAGAUGCGCCCAGAAGAGGGCAAGGCGGCGUCCGGACAAGAGGCAGUUCGCGCGCAAGUCGGAAGGAAAGUUGCGGUCUCCGAUGCGGAGCUGUUUGUCGAGCCCGAGCAGGACACUACCGGCUGGUACCAGCUUCCUCGGACGGGCCUGAACGAUGCCGGUGACGACUAUGCAAACAGCGUAACCUACACAGCAGCGUCGACUCCAAAUCUGGACGAAAUGGGGCAGCAACUGCAAGGCGAUGAAUACUCUGCUCCUGCCAUGGAGCUCCCAAUCCAGAAAAGUGAGCCUGCGCAAAUGAUCGUGGAGUGCGAUAUCAAUGGCUGCUGCUCGCUUAUAGUACGCGAUGGCGAUCAUUCGGCACCGCGAGGCGUACGUCCCCAGUAUGUUUUCAGCGGGCCAGGUUUCAAGAUCGGCCACGAUCCCGCGGCACCGCCGUCUGACUGUGCUCUCGUGGGCGAUGAUCAUUGGACGAUUGCACUCUCGCGCGAGGAAUUCCGGCAUUUUCGGAGGCUGGUGCAGGCCCUACAGUACAAAAUGGGCGAUAUAAUGAAUGGCGUGGCGUCGAAACCCACCGCGCAAGGUGUACCCGUGCAUUCGGGGGAUGGGUUUUGUAAGGAGCGAAUUUCGUGGAACGCGUCUGACGGAGAAAGCAGCAGAAUUGUUGCCGAGUUCGAGAGCAGUUUGAUGUGGCUAGGCGCCUCGGGCAGCCCCUACAGUUACGACCUACGCUUGAUCCUGCUCGGUAGGGAGCGAAUCGUCGAGGGUCUCUGGCCUGCACAGGUUGUGCCGUCCUUGUGCGCGAAGCUGAUGGAGCUGGAAGAGCCCGAAGCGCUUAUGUAA